GACCAGGUGCAGAAAUACGUGAUCUCGGUUUUUGCUGCCAUAGCUUGGUGCAAUGCCCUCGAGCUCAUUGUUCUUUGCUUCAGCACCUUCAAGCGAUACCGCGGUUGUUACUUCUGGAGCUUGUUAAUUGCCUCGGCCAGCCUCAUCCCACAUUGUUUGGGCUACAUCUUCUAUAUCUUCCCCCUCGGCAUUUCGCCUUAUGUGUCGGUGACUCUGAUUCUUCUGAGCUGGUGUGUCAUGGUGACAGGACACUCGCUCGUUCUGUGGUCGCGACUCACCCUUGUUCUGCAGUCGCAGAAAGUUCUCAGGGGGAUUCUCACUCUGAUUAUCGUCGACGCUAUUAUCUUACAUAUACCCACUGUGGUCCUAAUGUACGGGUCCAUCACGUUGGAGCCAUUUGCGACAGGAUACAAUAUCAUGGAAAGAAUCCAGCUCGUUUGGUUCUGUGUCCAGGAAGUCAUUAUCUCGGGGACAUAUGUCUGGGAAACGGCAAAGACCUUACGAAUCCGCCCCGAAAGCCGCCACCAUAAGAUCCUCGCACAACUUCUCAUGACCAACGUCGUCAUUCUCAUCCUCGACGUCGCCGUCGUCGGAAUCGAAUAUGCCGGAUACUAUGCGCUUCAGGUCAUGUUCAAGCCGGUCGCGUACAGCAUCAAGUUCAAACUCGAAUAUGCCAUCCUCGGUCGCUUGAUUCAGAUCGCCAAGGGGGGUUGCUCGAACGAUAGCCCGUUGUCAUAUACACCGCAG